UUAGCCUCACUCCCUUCCUUACACAACCCAGACUUUAUCUUUGACUAUUUCAAAUAUUAUCUUCAUACUACAUAUAACACUUCUGCCUCUCUGCACUUAAUACUGUCUGGAAAAUGCCCAACCAUGAGCUCAAAAUCUACUGCCACGCCAUCCAAGCAACUGAAUCCUAAAAUAUGAUGCUGAUUUACUUCAAAACAAAAGAAGUAACCUUAAAUUAAAGACUUCCUAUAAAUACCCCUGGAGGAAAGUGAGUGAGGCACAGUGUCCAGAGCAAGACCAGAUCUACAGCCAUUAGUUGCCCUCCUGGAAACAAGGAGAAGAGAAAUUACUAAGAUAUAUAUUGUAUGUUUUCUGAAACAACCACUUUAUAAAAUUAAUCUUCAUAGGGUCAUUCAAAAUGAAGUUUCUAUUAUUGGCCUACAUCUUGUGUGUUUCUUUUGCAAAGAUGGGCUUCCACUUCCCUGAUGAGAAAGUUCUCUCUUCUGGUGAAGAGGAUUACAGUGACAAUCAUUACCCUCUUGACCCAUCUCUGAAUAUUCUCUAUCCCACAUCAGGCCUUAAUUUUGCUCCUCCUUUUCGUCCUUCAAGGAAUAAAAUCCCCAGUUACCCUGGGAAUCCUGACCCUGAUUCAGGGGUACCCUCGUAUCCCUGGAUUCUCAAUUCUCCAGGAGCCCUCCUCUACCACAGUCCUAGUUUUACCAUAAUUACUUCGUCGGUCCCCUCUUCUCCUCAGAUAUCUUCUUACUUUGUCCCUCCCUUGAGUAGACUUGAAGGACCUUUUAUCCCCCUCAGUGCUUCCAUGCCUGUGGCUGCUGAGCCCCAUAUAUCUACACCUCUUGUAACUACACCUACUACACCUCCCAACCCAAAGCUUAUUGCAGUCGAGCCUGGGCCCCUAGAGUCUGAUGAAGCCGAGCCUGCUGCUUCAGAACCUCAGCCUUCUUGACUAGAUAUUGUUGAACAAAUCAAUGAAAUCUACAAAAAUCUACUUUCUUUUCCAG